CCGAAAUGGGAGAGGACAUCGUUGAGGGUCUACACCGAUGUUAGACCGAGACUUGUCAUUGUUACUAUACUUGUCAUUCCAUUCGCUUUCGGUGCGUUGCACCGUCGUGGCAUCUCUUGACCUUUUUCGGAUUAUCAAUGUCCGCGUUCGUGAAACGCCAGAAAUGAGAUUGCCCAGCCAGACCUGGUCUUGUCGGUCAAGAAGGGUCUUGUUUCCUCCAGUCCAUCUCUUCCGCCAUGAACGCCAAUAAUAUCAAAUAUCUCAGAAAACACCCCAUAGUUACCAGCCCUUACACUCCGUUCGAUGCAAGACGCUAUGAUCGACAAAUAAAAAUGAAAAACGAGAAAAGAAAAGUGACCCAAAUCGCACCAGGAAAGA